GUUUGCGUCCUCUCCCUUGCGCAGCGCCAGCAGCAGCUGACCCACAUCAAUCGUGCCUGAACCACACAGAGGGAGACAACGCAUGCCUGUGGUAUGAUGUCUCGUGCCCACAUUCGCACCUCUGCGUUUCUCGUCUAGGACGUUGAACAAGUGGAUGAGGUUCUUUUCGACCGUCUCCCUGUCAGGAGCAGCCCCCUACACCCACACCCACAUACCACACCCGUGAUGUCCCCCCUACUUUGACAACCCUCUCGCACAGACACACUGACUGACUGACCCGUUCCUCGUCGCUCUCUUCGUCUUCCUCCACGUGUCGUGACUUAAGCCGCACGCCACCCGUCAGCCCCUGCAGCUCCUCCAACUCAGCACGCUCCUGCUCGUCGGCCUUCUCCCUGGCUAGCUGGUCAGCCAACUCGCGGAACCGCUGUGUGUCGAACAGCUGGCUUAUGGCCGUGCACGCCACGCGGAGGAAGGAGCGGCAGUCGACUUGGCCAUAGGGGUCGGGCAUCAGGAUCGACAACAGCACCUGUGCAUGUGUGGGUGGGUGCAGGGUGAGGAGCACGCGUCUUUGUGUGUGGACUUAUGGGAGAUUGUGUGUGUGUGCCUACGUGUAUUUGGAUUCUGGAGAGGCAGAGCUGUGAUGCGUUGAAGAGGAUGUCGCGAAUUGUCCAGAUCGGCAGUUUGAAGUCAUAGGUCACCUGAGACUGCAGGGGACGACCAGACAGGUAGAGAGACGUGCAGAUGAGACACGCGAACACACAGGCAGUUUGUACGCACCUUCUUGAUGAGCUGCACGAGGUGGUCUGAGGCCCCGCAGGUCCGUCUCGACCAACGCAUUGUGGAACGCAUCACGCCUGACGAGACAAGUGCAUCCAUCCAUCCAUCCACCGACUCCGUGUAUGUUGAUUGAUCUGCAUGGCAUGGCUACCUGAGUUUCUGCAGCUGCCCGAAGAUGCCACUGUACGGCAUUCGUCCGUCUUCCUCCUCCUCGACCAUCUGCAUCAACAUCGUCACCUCCUGCGGACUGAACCUGCAUAAAAAGGGAGCGGAGCUGGGUCUCUGGUGGGUGCUUUCCGUGAGGUGAGUAUCUACUCACCUGUCGCUUCUCUGUUCGAUGCAUUGCCUGAACUCGUGUCUCGUCAGCAUUCCCGUGCCAGCACUGUCAACAUUGCGAAACGACUCCUCUAUUAACCUAAAGAUGAACAGUCACCCACAGCAUAAACACGCACUGGAGACAAGGGGUCGCUCCUUCUGCUGAUCUACCUUACCUGGUGGUCUCCUCAAGCCCAAAGCACAGUAUGAUGGCCUCGUCUGUGACCUCGGCCGCAGGCAGUCCGCGAGGUUCAUACGCCUCGCGACGUUCCUGCAAAGCUGAGAUGACCAUUGGGGCCGCCUGAUGGGUCGAUGGAUGGAUGGUAUGCAUAUGGCAGUACGUAUCCUGCACGAGCUUGCUUGUCAACUUGCUUACUUCAACGAAAGGGAGGUAGUCGAUGUAUCCGUCGGCGUUUUCCAU